AUGACGGACUUAGUUCUAAGCGAAGAUAUUCGCCGAAGAGAAUCAAUUGAUUUCCCAGGAUCUGCUUUUAAUACCGAAAGCAGGGGGAGAAGCAACCAAAGAGGACAAAGUCAUGGUCGUGGCAGAUCAAAGUCAAGGAGAAGGGGGCAAUCCAAAAAUCACAAGGACAUUACUUGUUGGAAUUGUGAUAAAAAGGGUCACUACAGUAGUCAAUGUAGAGAACCAAAGAAGAAGAAAGGAAGAAAAUUCACCAAAUGUGCAUCCUUUCACUCUACAUCAUGUAAAGAAUUAUUACAUAAUUUUAUUGCUGGAAAAUUUGGUAAGGUUUAUCUAGCAGACGGCGAACUUUUGGACAUUGUUAGGAAAGGUGAAGUUCAUAUAAAGUCUUCACAAGGCAUGCUAUGGAAAUUGCAAAAUGUCCGACAUAUUCCUGGCCUCAAGAAAAAUCUAAUAUCGAUGGGUCAGAUUGAUAGUGAAGGAUAUACAACAACAUUCGGUAACGGACCGUGGAAGAUAACCAAAGAAAAUUUGGUUGUGGCACGAGGCUUCAAGAAGGGAACACUGUAUGCAACUGCAAUACAGAGAGAUACUAUAGCAACAAUUGAUCAUGGUCGUGAUACAACUGUGGCACCGGAGUCUCGGGCUCACNAUUUCUUUUUUGGUUUGCCUUUCCUUAGAGUUGACAGUGAUCUGUGUAUCCAAUUGAAGGGUUGGAGGACUUGUGCUGUGACUACACUAGGUAGGGGUGGUAGUGACUUGACUGCUACAACCAUUGGUAAAGCAUUGGGAUUACGAGAAAUUCAGGUCUGGAAGGAUGUUGAUGGUGUUUUGACGUGUGAUCCCAACAUAUAUCCACGUGCACAGCCUGUGCCUUAUCUAACUUUUGACGAGGCAGCUGAACUUGCAUACUUUGGCGCACAGGUCCUUCAUCCACAGUCCAUGAGGCCGGCAAGAGAGGGUGAUAUUCCUGUUAGGGUUAAAAACUCAUAUAAUCCUAAAGCUCCUGGUACCCUUAUCUGUAGAGCAAGAGAUAUGAGUAAGGCAGUACUUACAAGUAUUGUUCUGAAACGAAAUGUAACCAUGUUGGAUAUAGUGAGUACCCGCAUGCUCGGUCAAUUUGGUUUCCUUGCAAAGGUUUUCUCCAUCUUUGAAGAUUUAGGUAUAUCGGUUGACGUCGUUGCGACAAGUGAAGUUAGCAUUUCCUUGACAUUGGACCCAUCAAAACUUUGGAGCAGAGAGCUGAUUCAGCAGGAGCUUGAUCAUGUUGUGGAAGAACUUGAGAAAAUUGCGGUUGUGAAUCUACUUCAACACAGAUCAAUCAUCUCUCUGAUUGGGAACGUCCAGAGGUCCUCGCUGAUUCUCGAAAAGGCUUUCCAUGUUCUGCGUACCAAUGGGGUCAAUGUUCAAAUGAUCUCUCAAGGUGCAUCGAAGGUCAAUAUCUCAUUGAUAGUAAAUGAUAGUGAAGCAGAGCAAUGUGUAAGGGCUCUCCACAAAACAUUCUUUGAGAGUGAUCUUUCUGAACUAGUCUGGGAAAAUGGAUCAGGAAAUGGACAUGUUGCUCCCUUAUCCACAUUGUCCACUUGAGUUUCGCCUUAAUAUGUUUCUUCUUCCAAAUAUUUUGUCCGAGGAAAUUAACGAUUAUAGUAGUGUUAUUUUUGGGUGGGUGGAGUUUUGUCCUAGUAAUUUUUAUCUUUUGUAGCAACUAGUCGCAUUCUACUUAAGUUAUCUUUAUUGGAGAAAAUUAGAUUACCAUGCCCAAGAAGAUUGUGGACAAGUUCUACAAAAUGCGCAACUCAUCUUAUUAAGCCUACUCAGAUGUUCUAUAUAAGUGACCUUGUCUUGAUAAUUAUGUUAUUCACUAAUUUCGCUA